AUGGCGACUGUGGAACACUGUCUGUACUGUUUCGAGGCUUUGGCUUCGCAUUUGGAGAAGCGGCGAGGUCUCUCCCUCAAGGAAAUCCAACGGUCAUGGCCAGAAUACGCCAAGACCCUGUCUCCCGGCCUCGGUGAUGGCAAGGAUGCAUCCAAGAAGCUUCUCCCGGCCCUGCAACGGCUCGCCGAGCCUACGAGUGACUCGGGCUCCGCCUCCUCCGGCUCCAGCCUCUCGCUGCCCGCCGAGACCCCCGAGACCUCCGUCAACUCCCUCGCCGAAGCUGACGACGACGACGAUACCGUCAUCACCGAGUCUCCGCUCUUUGUGACUUGGAAUACCAUCUCACCACGUUCGGGUCACCGCUCGCUUCGAGGCUGCAUAGGCACCUUUGAGCCGCAGGAGCUCGAGGAUGGGCUGUCAAGCUACAGCCUAACCUCGGCACUCCACGACAUGCGCUUCCCGCCCAUCGAGGCGUCGGAGCUACCCUCCCUCGAGGUAGGCGUGACCCUCCUAACCGAUUUUGAGGACUGUGACGAUGCCAUGGACUGGACUCUUGGUGUGCACGGCCUGCGCAUCAGCUUCUUCUACCACGGCAAGCGCUACGGCGCGACCUAUCUUCCCGACGUCGCCGUUGAGCAGGAAUGGACCAAGGAGGAGACACUUGUGAGCCUUAUGCGGAAGGCUGGAUGGGUUGGGCGCAAGGAAAAAUGGCAAGAUAUCGAGCUCAAGGUGGUCCGGUAUCAGGGCAAGAAAGAGGCCUUGGAGUACGCUGAAUAUAAGAAGUGGUACGACUGGGUCCAGAAGAACAAGACCAAGUCUGGGUGA